UAUUCAGCUGAACAGCUAACACGACACAUCCAUAACACAUCAGAGUGUUCCCCCAAACAGAGAGGUAGUUUCCGUUACAGCUUGGAGUGGCAAGGUACAGGUGGCAGUAUAUCACAGAGAAAACUACCAAAGCUGGAAUGAUGCCACUGAUUUUAAAAGUGUUGAUCCUCCUGUUCCUUGUUGCGUUCAGCGACAGCAGUAACAUCACAGUAUCAUCGUCGGCAACUCAUAGAAAUGUCUCCUCACCACCACCAGCAAAGCCAAGGAAUCAUAACAGACCAGGAAUCGUCACCGCCGCCACAGUAGAAAGAACAGCAUUUUAUGUUAAUCUUAUCCUAAAGCCCAUCAUUUGUUUUUCUGGUUUGGUGAUGAACGUUAUUGGAUGUUUCGUCCUUCUACACAAAUCGUUACGUCACUCAUCCUACCGUUAUCUGCUGGGUCUAUUAAUAGCUGACUGUGGGUUCCUCCUCUGUGGAAUCCUGCGCAUGCCCACGGAUAUAUCAGCGGAAUAUGACAUCAUGUAUUCUAAUUACUUGUCAUCUGUUCUUGAUAUUCCAACCAAGCACUACAUAGAACUCGCCUUUUCCAAAGUGUCUGCAAUCACCAUCUGUAUUUUGGCUCUUGAGAGACUGAUUGCUAUAUCCUUUCCGCUCAAGGCAAAGACUUUCUUCCUUGCUCGGUAUUCGGGCAAGAUAAGCGUUGCUCUGUUUUUCAUGGUAUUUAUGUUGUAUGUUCCGAAACUAUUUCAAACGCACUUUGUUUGGAGUUUCAACAGACCAUUAAAUCGGUCUGCAUUUAUCAUUCAGAAAAUAACCUACAGCGAACCGACGCUGUCAUUUAUGACAAAUUACGACAAGUUCGUAUUUAACAUACUGAUGAUAUACAUUACACCGUGUCUUCUUCUGGUAUUGAACAUUGGUAUCUGGGUUCAAUUAGCUGUAAUCAGACGUCGACGAAAGUUCCUCUUCGGUACUGCUGAACAGGAACAGUGGAAAGUGACCUUGACCUUGAUGACGAUUUCAGUGUUUUUUGUAGUCGUGUAUAUUCCGUUAAUCUCUGUAAAUGUUCUCGAAAUACAUAAUCCACGGCGAUUUAGUCGUAGAGGUCCGGAACGCCAUUUCAGAAGCCUGGUAAACCAUUUGUCGUCUCUCGGCUGGACCAUUAACUCCGCUAACGACUUCAUCAUCUACGUCAUCACCAACGUCAAGUUCAGAGUCACCUUAACAAAUAUGUUUUGUUCAAAAAAAGCACAAAGGGACAACGUCAGCACAAACACGCCGAGUCUGGAUCAGCAUGGCCAAUAGUUCAUCACACGGUA